CAGAAUUUGAGCAAGUUAUAAAAAAUUAUACAAAUAUAGUUGAGUUUAAUAAUAAUAUAUUUAAUAAUGAAAGUAAAAAAACUGAUGCUGAUUAUGUUUCUAAUAUAGAGAAUUUAGAUAAUCUUUUACAAUUUAAUAAAGAAGAUUUGGAUAUUAAAAAAAUAUUAGAUUUAAAUAAUUUUUUAGAUGAAAAUAUACAAGAACAAAUCAACAGUAAUGCAGAAUUAGAACCUGAAGAUGAUGAAUUAGAUUAUGGUAUUAAAGAAAUUAUUAAUAUAUCUAUGA